AUGCUAAUUCCCAGCGCAGAGGAGUGCCACGUCCUGCCUUACAAGAGACAACAUAGCUCAGACCGCGUAGGAGGAGAAGUCUGGUUUGCACCAGAAAGACACCAUUUGAAGCCCAAGGCUGGCACAAAGGUGGUGGUCACUAAAUUUCCCCUUGGCUCUGUUGGUGUUGAAGACUUGAUGACUUUGGCUAAGCCAUUCGGCACAGUUGUAAUACAUCUGGUAUUCCCCUGCAAGGGCUUUCUAGAGUUUGGUUCGCACAAAGAGGCAGUCAAUAUGGUGGAUCACUUCAGUAAAAGCAAAGCUUUUGUGAUGUGAAAUAGUUUGACUCUGUACCUGUCACCUGUAGUGUGCAGUAUUUACUGUAUAUGCCAAGGUCGGAUGAACCACCAGAAAAACGGCCCAUCGAACAAUUUACCAAUACUGUGAUGAGGUGGUGUUGAAGGAGUCAGGCGCAGGAGGGUAAAUCACAGAAUAACAGGCUUUAAACCGCAAAAUACAGGUUUACGCAGAAAUGCGUCAAACACACUCCAGGGCACAAAACAGGCGCACUGGAAAUUACAAGGGACACAGGAAAAUACUCCCGUCGAUACAAAAUACACGAGCUCCACUGAGCUUCACUAACCUCCACAGUAAACAAUCACCCACACAGACAAGGAAGCAGAGGGAACACUUAUACAAUGACUAAUGAGGGAAUAAGGACCAGGUGAGUGUGAUUGAAGACAAGACAAAUGGAGUGAUGAUAAAUGGAUCGGCAGUAGCUAGUAAGCCGGUGACGCCGAACACCGAAACCUGCCCGAACAAGGAGGGGAGUCAGCCUCGGUGGAAGUCGUGACAAAUACAGUGCUUUGUUUUUCCUCCUGGGAAAUGUUUGUGGAUGUGUGACAUUCAACAUUUUCAAGUGAUCAGACCCUGAUUGAGAUGGUAGAUUGGAAAGAUGUUGACAUUAUGGUGAAGUACUACCACUCCAAUCCCCUCAAGAUCAAUGGAAAGAAUGUCAAAGUCAGCUUACCUGAGAGAAAGUCCUGACUCCACCACAUACAGAAGAGCAUAUUCCAGUAAAAGCCACAGCAGCAGACACAAGAGCGAGGAGACCAGCAAGACCUCAAACUCCACAAACAAAAAGAGACCCAGUACAGGCAAACAACCUGCUGAGAAAGUGGUGGAACAAGAAGGUGGUUGAACAAGAAGGUGGUCAAGAAUGAGAGAAAGGGGAAUGACAUUGAUUUGGAAAACAAAGAUCUAGACAAAGAGGGUGUCCAGGUGGAAGAUGAACAAAGCUUGUUAGAUGAGGUUGGAGCUGGUGUUAAUGCUAAAGACUCUGCUCCUUCCAACAGUGCCUCUCUGGUGGCUGAUUCUAAAUAUAAGGGGGAUCCCAAAAGCUCAGAAUUGUUGGCAGACGAUACCUUGGAGGAUUCUAACCUAAAGGAUUCUGACCUAACUGAAGGUGUUAUAUCCAGUUGGAGAGUGUGGAAGCCACUCAGAAAAUGGUGAAGUACUUCCAAUGUCCUCACAGAUUUUAUGGCACCCUGUCAAGGGUCAGUUUGUGCAAAAAAGGAGUCUCCCUGAUAUCCUGGAAGCCUCCAGUCAAGUAUGAGCUGUGGUUGGUCAAUCAGAACAAAAGAAGAAUGGACCAAAGAGUAUCAUCCUGAAUUGCAGAAGCGACAAAAAUUGACAAGAAAAAUAAGAAACUGUGUCCCCAUCGUGAAUGACUCGGCCCCACGUAAUUCAGGGAUCAUGGGGCAAGUCACACAAACCAUCCCAGACUCCAGAGGGCUGGUUAGGCAUGUGCAGGUGAGAAUCCAGACCACCACCCUUUGCAGGCCCAUCACUAGGCUGUGUCUGAUGCUGGAAGCCACAGCAAUAUAACAUAGCAUCUCUAUUCUCUUUAUAACAAAACACAACAUCUCUCCAUCCUCUUCAUAACAUAACAUCUCUCUAUCCUCUUUAUAACAUAACAUAACAUCUCUCUCUCCUCUUCAUAACAUAACAUCUCUCUGUCCUCUUUAUAACAUAACAUCUCUCUCUCCUCUUCAUAACAUAACAUCUCUCCAUCCUCUUCAUAACAUAACAUCUCUCUCUCCUCUUUAUAACAUAACAUCUCUCUGUCCUCUUUAUAACAUAACAUCUCUCUAUCCUCUUCAUAACAUAACAUCUCUCUAUCCUCUUUAUAACAUAACAUCUCUCUGUCCUCUUCAUAACAUAACAUCUCUCUAUCAACUUUAUAACAUAACAUCCCUCUGAAUCCAGAGCUAGCAGGAUGCUGUUGAUCCCCUGGGAAUAGAAUGGUAUCUGUGUGUUGAGAUAAUAUAGCCAUCUGACUAACACACUUCAAACACUGAUUUCAACAUGGGAAAGGGAAAAGGAAAUAGGAUGUAUACAUGUAAUAGAAUAUCAUUGUAAAUGCUCAGUGCUCACACACCUCAGAUGAAACUUGUGCAGUCACAUUUUACUGUCCAACCUAACCCUAACCCUAACCCUAACACUAAACCAAUCCAACCUGAUCCUGCAGCUCACCAACGAGAGCUGACAUCACAUUUACAUUUGAGACAUUUAGCAGACACUCUUAUUCAGAGCAACUUACAUUAAGACAGUUAUGACAACAAACCCAACUCCAACAUUAAUCUGAGGGUGUAUUCUGAUCCAUACGGUUAUCCCUAAGCCCUGUGCAGGUUCCUGCUGCCCUAUUGGAAUCCACCCUGACUGUCCUCGUAUAGCUAAUAGGAUAAGCUGAUUGGUUGAGGCAUGCCGUCCAGGUGUCCACUCACCACUCAUGCUGCGGCUCGUCGAUAAUCAGCAGGAUCUUAAAUCUCAUGGAGACAGGACCAGGCCCGGGUGCUGGGUUCUGAUCCACCAAGCCAGCUGAAGCUGCUGUCUGUUUCACCACAUUGGUGAUGGAACUCAGGGAGGUCAGGGAGCUGAAGAACCCAGAGCCUGAGGAGGGGGCCGGGGCAGCCUGGGGCCGACACUCUGGAGCUGGGGAGGCGUUGGGGGCUGGGGCUGGAGCUUGUCCUGAGGAUGUGGCUGGGACUCCUGGGGUGGCUGUAGAGGGGGGAGGCGGUGGAGGGUCAGAUCUCUGGAGGUCUGUCAUGUAGCCGUUAGGAAGAUUAGCUAUAAAGCUGCUGUCAGAUAGCCGGCGACGCAGGAAGUUCAUGGUAGCGGUUGGGAGAGAGCUGAGAGAGAGUUGUAAGAGAGCUGGUCGGAUGGAGAGAGCUGUGCUAGUGGAGUGGAGAGCUGUGGAGUGGAGAGUUGGUCUGAUGGAGAUAGCUGUAUUAUUGGAGUGGAGAGCUGUUUGUGAGCGUUAUUGCUGCUAGAGGAUCCUGGAGACAAGGGCUGGCUGAGGCUCCUAUACGGUGUGUUAGUCUUCUAGCGUUCCAAACCACAGAGAAGCGAAGCGUGUUUUCCCCUCCGAGCUUCACCAGCUUCUCCUAUGGAGUGUGCGUGGUGUGUUUCUGUGUGUGCGGUGUGUGUAUGUGUGUGUGGUGAUGCGGUCCCUCGAUAAGGUAGUGGUGGUAUCCUACCUUACUCUGCCUAUCUCCAUCGGCGACAGAAACCUAAAUGCCUGCAAUAGAUGAUUUCACUCUGUCCUCUUUCUGCCCCCCUCUCUCUCUCUCUCUGUGUGUAGCUCUGCUCUCUCCUCCUCUGCCUCUCUUCUCUCUCUCUCUCCUCUCCUCUCUCUCUCUCUCUCCUCUCUCUCUCUCUCUCUCUGUGUAGCUCUGCUCUCUCCUCCUCUGCCUCUCUCUCUUCUCCACCUCUCUCUCUCCUCCACCUCUUUCUUUCUCUCUCUGAUGCUCUGCCUCUUCUCCACCUCUCUCUCUCUCACUCUCUCCUCCACGUCUCUCUCCCUCUAUCUCUCCUCCUCUUCUCUGUAGUAUGUAUGCUGGUUGGCUGUCCCCCUCCCCCCUCUCUCUCUCUCUCUCUCUCUCUCUCCCUCUCCCCCCCCCCCCCCCCCCCCCCUCUGUAGUAUGUAUGCUGGUUGGCUCUCUCUCUCUCUCUCUCCCUCUCCCCCUCGCCCCCCCCCCCCCCCCCCCCCCCCCUCCUCUCUGUAGUAUGUAUGCUGGUUGGCUCUCUCUCUCCCUCUCCCCCUCGCCCCCUCUCUCCCCCCCCUCCUCCUCUCUGUAGUAUGUAUGCUGGUUGGCUGUCCCCCUCCCCCUCUCCCUCCCCCUCCCCCUCUCCCUCAUCACAGCUAUGUGACGCAGCUCUGUGUACUGCAGCCUCUGAAGGGUUACAGGGAGGGAGGCGUAGUGUAGCUUCUUAAAGGGUUUCCAGUCAAUGUGAAUAUGUACAGGGAGGGAGGCGUAGUGUAGCUUCUGAAAGGGUUUCCAGUCAAUGUGAAUAUGUACAGGGAGGGAGGCGUAGUGUAGCUUCUGAAAGGGUUUCCAGUCAAUGUGAAUAUGUACAGGGAGGGAGGCGUAGUGUAGUGUUGCUUACGCAGGGAGACUCCACUCUACUCUACUGUGACGGCUUCCCCCCUCUCUCUCUCUCCCUAUUCCUCCCCCUCUUCUCCCUCUCUCUCUCUCUCCCUAUUCCUCCCCCUCUUCUCCCUCUCUCUCUCUCUGCCUAUUCCUCCCCCUCUCUCUCUCUGCCUAUUCCUCCCCCUCUCUCUCUCUCUGCCUAUUCCUCCCCCUCUUCUCCCUCUUCUCUCUAUCCUAUUCCUCCCCCCUCUCUCCUCUCUCCCCUCUCUCUCUCUCUCUCCUAUUCCUCCCCCUCCUCGCUCUCUCCUCUCCCUUCCCGCUCCUCUCUCUCUCUCCCUACUUCCUCCCCCUCUUCUCUCUGCCUAUUCCCUCCCCCUCUCUCCUCUCCCUUCUCCUCCCUAUUCCUCCCCUUCUCUCUCUGCCCAUUCCUCCCUCCCCUCUCUCUCUCCCUAUUCCUCCCCUCUUCUCCCUCUCUCGCUCUGCUGCCUCAUCCCGCCCCCUCCUCCCCCCUCUCUCUCGCCCUUUUUCCCCCCCCCUCUUCCUUCCUCUCUCUCUCUCUCUGCCUAUUCCUCCCCCUCUUCUCCCUCUCUCUCUCUCUCCCUAUUCCUCCCCCUCUUCUCUGCCUAUUCCUCCCCUCUUUCUCCCUCUCUCUCUCUCUCGCCUAUUCCUCCCCUCUUCUCUCCUCUCUCCUCUCGCCUAUUCCUCCCCCCCUCCCCCUCUCUCUCUCCCUAUUCUCCCCCUCUCUCUCUCUCCCUAUUCCUCCCCCUCUUUCUCUGCCUAUUCCUACCCCUCUUCUCCCUCUCUCUCUCUCCCUAUUCCUCCCCCUCUCUCUCUGCCUAUUCCUCCCCCUCUUCCUCUCCUUCCUUUCUCCUCCCUCUCUCUCCCUCUCUCUCUCUCUGCCUAUUCCUCCCCCUCUCUCCCCUCCUCUUCUCCCUAUUCCUCCCCUCUUCUCUCCCUAUUCCUCCCCCUCUUCUCCCUCUCUCUCUCUCUGCUAUUCCUCCCCCCCCUUCUCCCUUCUCUCUCUCCCCUUCUCUCCCCUCCUCUCUGCCUAUUCCUCCCCCCCUCUCUCCUCUCUCCUCCUAUUCCUCCCCCUCUCUCUCUCUGCCUAUUCCGCCCCCCUCUUCUCCCUCUCUCUCUCUCCCUAUUCCUCCCCCUCUUCUCUGCCUAUUCCCCCCCUCUCUCUCCCAUCCCCCUUCCCCCUCUCUCUCUCUGCCAUCCUUCCUCCCCUCUUCUCUCCCUCUCUCUCUCUCCUAUGCCUCCCCCUCUCUCUCUGCCUAUUCCGCCCCUCUCUCUCCCUCCUCUCUCUUCUCCCCUAUUCCCUCCCCUCUUUCUCUGCCUAUUCCUCCCCCUCUUCUCCCUCUCUCUCUCUCUCUGCCUAUUCCUUCCUCCCCCUUCUCCCUCUCUCUCUCUCUCUAUCCGCCCUCCGUCUCUCCCUCUCUCUCUCUCUCCUAUUCCCCCUCUCUCUCUGCUAUUCCCCCCCUCUUCUCCCUCCUCUCUCUCUCUGCCUAUUCCUCCCCCUCUCUCCCUCUCUCUCUCUGCCUUUCCCUCCCCUCUCUCUCCCUCUGCCCUCUUCCUCCCCCUCCUCCCUUUUCUCCUCAUUCCGUUUCCCCUUCCUCCCCUUUUCCCUCCCCUCUUCCCCUCUCUCUCUCUCUGCCUAUUCCCCUCCCCCUCUUCUCUCCCCUCUCUCCUCUCCUCUCCUAUUCCCCCCCUCUCUCCUCUCUCUCUCUCUCUCUGCCUAUUCCUCCCCCUCUCCCCUCUCUCCCUAUUCCUCCCCCUCUCUCUCUCUCUAUUCCUCCCCUUCCCUCGCCUCCUCCCCUCUUCUCCCUCCUCCCUCUCUCUCUGCCUAUUCCUCCCCCUCUUCUCCCUCUCUCUCUCUCCCUAUUCCUCCCCUCUCUCUCUCUCUGCCUAUUCCUCCCCCUCUUCUCCCCCUCUCUCUCUCCCUAUUCCUCCCCCUCUUCUCUGCCUAUUCCUCCCCCUCUUUUUCCCUCUCCUCUCUCUCUGCCCUAUUCCUCCCCCUCUUCUCCCUCUCCUCUCUCCUUCCUCCCCUCUCGCUCUCCUCCUAUUCCUCUCCCCCUUUCCUCCUCUCUCUCCUGCCUAUUCCUCCCCUCUUCUCCUCUCUCUUCUGCCUAUUCCUCCCCCCUCUCCUCUCUGCCUAUUCCUCCCUCUCUCUCUCUCCUUUCUCCCCCUCUCUCUCUCCUUCCUUCUCCCUCCCCUCUCCUCUUCCUCCCCUCUUCUCCCUCUCCUCUCUCUCCCCUUUUCCUCCCCCUCUUUCUCUCUCCUCUCUGCCUAUUCCCCCCCUCUCCUCUCUCCCUUUCCUCCCCUCUUCUCUCCCUCUCGUCUCCUAUUCCUCCCCCUCUUCUCCCUCUCUCUCUCUCUCUCUCUCCCUAUUCCUCCCCCUCUUCUCCCUCUCUCUCUCUCUCCCUAUUCCUCCCCCCUCUCUGCCUAUUCCUCCCCCUCUUCUCCCUCUCUCUCUCUCCCUAUUCCUCCCCCUCUUCUCCCUCUCUCUCUCUCUGCCUAUUCCUCCCCCUCCUCUCCCUCUCUCUCUCCCUAUUCCCCCCCCUCUUCUCCCUCUCUCUGCCUAUUUCUCCCCCUCUACUCCCUUCUCCCUCUCUCUCUCUCCCUAUUCCUCUCCCUCUGUCUCUGCCUAUUCCUCCCCCUAUUCUCCCUUCUCCAUCUCUGUCCAUGCCUCUUCUCAGGGUGACCAUUCUCCUGCCAGACAGUGAUGGAGAUGAGGAGAUGAGGAGACAGGGGAAGGAGGGAGGAGGGAGGAUGAAGGGAGAAGGGCAUGCAAUCUGGGAGAUGAACUGA